CGGGGCGGUGGCCCCGUCCUCCCCCACCGGGCCGGGGCAGUGCCGGGCUGCGGCCGGCCGGGUCCUGAAGUGUCUUUCUCGUCCUGCUUAGGAAACGGUGCUGGAGCAGGAGGCGGCCCUGGAGGAAGCGGAGGCGCCGGCGCAGGCAGAUGCGGAGGAGGAGGAGGAGGAGAAGGAGCCCAAGCUCCGAGACACGCCGGAGGACGUUUCCUUUGAGGCUUCAGCCAACACCAUCGCUUUCCACCCCAGCCGGGACAUCAUAGCCGCAGGAGAUGUGGACGGUGACGUCUACUUGCAUGGAAUUGAAGGGUAGGAUCAUCCCUCUCUAUAUGGUCCAAGACAGGAUAUUUGUCUAAUUUGCACUUAACAACUUCCAGUGACUGAGUAUUCCACAUCAUCCCUAGGUAUUCAUACUCCUGCCUGGAGGGUGGGAACCAGGAACUCUGGUCCUCUGGGCACCACCUGAAAUCCUGCCGGGAAGUGUCGUUUUCCCACGAUGGUCAGAAGCUCUUCACAGUGUCCAAGGACAAAUCCAUCCAUAUUCUGAGUGUGGAGGAGGGCCGGCUGGUAACACGUUUCCCGAAGGCUCACAGCUCUGCCUUGAACAGCCUACUGGUGAUAGAUGAGCACCUGUUUGCCACGGGAGAUGACAAUGGAAUGCUAAAGGUGUGGGAUCUCCGCAAAGGGACUGCUUUCAUGGAGAUGCAGCAGCAUGAGGAAUACAUCAGUGGCAUGUCAAUAGAUGAGAACAAGAAGCUCCUGCUCACCACCAGUGGCGAUGGAACCAUGGGUGUCUUCAAUCUCAAAAGACGUCGCUUUGAGCUGCAGUCAGAGUCUCAAAAUGGAGACCUAACAUCCAUUGCUCUGAUGAAGAGGGGGAAGAAAGUGGCUUGCGGCUCCAGUGAGGGAACCAUUUAUCUAUUCAACUGGAAUGGCUUUGGUGCUACCAGUGACCGCUUUGCGGUGAAGGCAGAGUCCAUCGACUGCAUGGUCCCAGUCACAGAGAAUGUCCUAUGCACAGGCUCCAUUGAUGGAGUAAUCAGGGCUGUGAAUAUCUUGCCAAAUCGGGUCAUUGGCAGUGUCGGACAACACCUGGGAGAGCCCAUUGAACAGCUAGCCAAGUCUCACACUGGGCAGCUCCUGGCCAGCUGUGGCCAUGACCAGAAGGUGAAGUUUUGGGACAUCUCAUCACUCAGCUCCAUAGUGGUGGAUGACUACAGGAAGAGGAAGAAGGGUGGGCAGCUGAAGGCCCUGAGCCGCAAAGCCUUUGGGGGUGGAGACGACUUCUUUGCUGACCUGAGAGAGGAGAUUGAGGCCCCAAAGGAGGAGGAGAAGGAGAAAGAGAAAGAGGACAGCGACAGUGAUGAGAGUGACAGUGACUGAAGGCCUACGGAGGCUAGGUACAUGGCCAGAGUGGAUCCAAUGGAGGUAUGACUGAUGAAGUCAGCAGAAUGGGAAAGAGGCACAUCCUUACUAUGGUGUGAAAGCAGCAGGAAGCCAAGCCUAUUUCUUUAUCUUUAAAAGAUGCUGGGCAAAGGACUGAGUGAAUGACUUGGUUUCCUGGAAUAGCUCCAGCACAACUGCAAGCAAAUCCUCUGCGUCUUCAUGGGAGAGCCAGGGCCUGCAGCCAUCUACCCAGUGAAACCACCUGGUCUUGUAUGAAAAAAAUGCAUUCUUGGAAACAAUGCAUCUCAAUGCCCCUUUUUCCCACCCAGACAUCUUCCUAUGCCUUGUCAUGGACAGUAGGUUGAUGCUCUGUCUGACCUGCCGACCAACUCCUGAGUUUCUUCCACAGAGGCAUUUGUUGGUCAAGAGCUUGGAGGCAGCAUUUGAUGCCCUAAGACGGGGUGAGCAAAGUCCAGUCUGCAGGCUGAAUCCGGCUAACAAUGCACUCCAUUUCCCAGCAGCCCCUGCCCACAUGGCUGCUGGAGGUCUCUAUGGAGACCCCAGUGCAGCUGCACUAUGAUAGCAAAGCUGGGGUUGCCAUGGAGACUGGCCCCAGCCAUGCUGGCAGGGUGUGCAACAGGGCAGGAGGCUACUUCGGAGCCACUAGGAUCUUGCGGCAGAGGCAGCUUGGUCUUGGGCUAGGGCAGAGCCACAAUCUGUAGCCUAAAUGCUCCAGGCAGGGGUGCAUAGGCAGUGGAUUGCAGCUCUGCCUUGGCCCUGGACCAAGCUGCCCCUGCUGCAAGAUUCCAGUGGCUCCGGAGCAGCCCCUUGCCCUGCCAGCGUGGCUGGGGCUGGCCUCCGUGGUGACCUCAGCCUUGUGCUAUCAUAGCACAGCUUUGGCUGGGGUCACCAUGGAGACUGGUCCCAGCUGUGCAGGCAGGGGUUGCUGGAAAAUGGAGUCUGGCUGCUGGACGAAUCUGCCAUUUUGCACACCCCAGCCUUAGGAUCAACUACUGCUUUCCAAACAUUUCUUUUGAGGUGACUGUAGUGAGCACUGCGUGAGCCCCAUGGAGCUGCCCAAGUUUGAAGUGGCUUGGCCUGGUCUGUGUAAGUACCUAGGUGGGUCUUUCUUGGGGUCUGGCUGCAUAUCUAAAGCAGGUACUUGGUGCUUCCCCAAGGAAGAGCCCGACUCUGGGUGGGGAGAAUCCUUGACUCGUCUUUCAGGUGCACGAAGCAACUUUUUGUGCACUCUUGCACCUUCAGUAACAACCCUGGUGUAGAGGAAUGGAAGGCAGAAUGCCCUGGCUGGAGGUAGCAUUUGUUCUGUCCCUGUCCCCAGGAAGGCUGGUUCUGCAUGUUCUCUUGGAAGUGCUGAAGCCAGCCUGGAUGUGCUGGGUAGACUGCAGUGAGUUAGAGCACGAUUAAAAUCCCCAGCUACCUUAACAAGCGUCUCUUAAAGUCUUGUAGAAGGAGAGAACAAAAAUACCCAAAUCCACAAGCUUUUUUCACCGCAACAGUUGCAGACAUUGUGCAAACAAGAAACUGGGCAGGUAGGUAGGUACUUCCUCUCUCAGGAAAGUAACCACAGGACCUGCUGCUAACUAGUCUGUGAAUAAACCAUUUAAAAAAAAACAA